UGUAAAAAUAGACAAAUCUUUUAUUUAACUACCUUUCUUCUUCUUGGUUUUUCAGAAAUCAAACACCGAGUCUAUUGAUUAGUCUAUUUGAUUGGUUGAUUGAAGUUUUGCUUAUUUGUGCCUUACAUGUUUGUUUUCUACCAGUGGUUCCUUAUAAUCGAUCAACUAGUUCGUGUUACUGUUAACUACGUGUUUAUCUUUUUUUUGUUUCAUCUUAGUCUUCAUCAUUAUUGUUCUCAUGAUGCCGAUGCAUAGUUUCAUAAGGCCUGAGUCUUCUGUUUCUGUUCUCACUGGAUGCUGAAAUAGUUUAACCAUGAAUGCAAAGGGACAUAAAUUUGUGAGGUUUGAGGACUGGAAAUCAGAGUCAUCUUUUAGUAUAGAGCAAGAAGAUCCUAUUAAAGAUGUACGUCACAAAAGAAAAGGUAGACCAAGUGUGAGUGCUGUUUUGAAGAGUAUAGGAAGAAGGCUGGAGAGUAAGUCAACGAAGAUGAAGGACAUGAGAAGAGCUUCAGUCGUCCAUUUUGUAAGUGAUGGACAGAAAAAGCUGCCACCUAGGAAGAACAUUCUUGAUCCACAGGGUCCAGUCCUUCAAAAAUGGAACAAAAUCUUUGUAAUAACGUGUGUGAUGGCAGUCUCUGUGGACCCCUUCUUCUUUUACAUUCCAGUGAUUAUUGAUGAUAAAAAAUGCCUUGAUUUGGAUACAGCAUUGCAGAUCACUGCCAGUGUUCUUCGCACCUUCUUUGAUCUAUUCUACAUUCUUCGCAUAAUCUUUCAGUUUAAGACAGGGUUCAUUGCCCCUUCUUCUCGUGUUUUCGGAAGGGGUGAACUCAUUGAUGAUCCUGUGGCUAUAAUGAAAAAAUACUUGACUUCACUUUUCAUCAUUGAUAUUCUAUCAAUUAUUCCACUUCCACAGGUGAUUGUUUUAGCCACAAAUCCAAGCCUGGGAACAACAGAUCCAUUUGUAGCAAAGGAGUUGUUGAAGUUUGCAGUAUUAAUCCAGUAUGUGCCAAGGCUUUUGCGGAUCUAUCCACUAUUCAAAGAAGUUACUAGAACUUCUGGAAUAUUGACUCAGACAGCAUGGGCUGGAGCUGCUUCUAAUCUUUUUCUCUAUAUGCUAGCAAGUCAUGUGGUUGGAGCUAACUGGUAUAUGCUUUCGGUAGAGUCAGAGGUGCGGUGCUGGCGCAGAGAGUUGAAGAAAGCUUCACUCUUUCAUCAAAAUUACACGAGUUGUGGAGUUCGAGAUAAUGAAGUUCUUUCCCAUCUUCGUAGAAAUUGUUCUUUCGUUGAUCCUGAUAAAAUCACAGACAGAAACACCUUCAACUUUGGAAUAUAUUUUGAUGCUCUAGAUUCAGGUGUGGUAGAAUAUACAACAGAUUUUCCUCAGAAGUUCUUCUACUGCUUUUGGUGGGGUUUGCGCAAUUUAAGUGCUCUUGGACAAAAUCUCAAGACAAGUACUUAUGUUCCGGAGAUAGCCUUUGCAAUCUUCAUUGGCAUCUUUGGAUUGUUUUUAUUCUCGUUGCUCAUCGGAAACAUGCAGAAAUAUCUGCAAUCUACAACUGUUAGAGUGGAGGAGAUGAGAGUGAAGAGACAGGAUGCAGAACAGUGGAUGUCCCACCGUAUGCUACCCGAGAACUUGAAGGAAAGAAUUAGACGGUAUGAACAGUACCAAUGGCAAGAAAAUAGGGGUGUUGAGGAGGAAGCAUUAAUUCGUAACCUUCCUAAAGAUCUCAGAAGGGACAUAAAGCGUCACCUUUGCUUAGCUUUAGUUAAAAAAGUGCCAAUGUUUGAGAAAAUGGAUGAGCAGUUGUUGGAUGCAAUGUGCAAUAGACUUAAGCCAGUCCUUUACACUGAGAAGAGUCAAAUUGUUCGUGAAGGAGAUCCAGUUGAUGAGAUGCUUUUCAUAAUGCGUGGAAAAGUUUCUACUAUGACAACAAAUGGUGGAAGAACUGGUUUCUUCAACUCCUUGUUUCUCAUGGCCGGUGAUUUCUGUGGAGAGGAGCUUCUAACAUGGGCCUUGGAUCCCCACUCCACCUCAAAUCUACCCAUUUCAACUAGGACAGUAGAAACUAUAUCAGAAGUAGAAGCCUUUGCUCUCAUGGCUGAUGACUUGAAGUUUGUUGCUUCCCAAUUUCGACGUCUUCACAGCAAACAGCUCCAACAUGCUUUCAGGUUCUAUUCCUCACAGUGGAAGACAUGGGCUGCCACUUUCAUACAAGCAGCGUGGCGUCGGUAUUGGAAAAGGAAGAUUGAGAAGUCAUUGCGCGAAGCAGAAGCCAAGCUACAAGAUGCUUUGGCAAAUGAGGAGGGGUCUACUCCAAGCCUUGGUGUUACCAUGUAUGCAUCAAGGUUUGCUGCUAAUGCACUGCGAACCUUGAGAGAAAAUAACAGACACAGUAAAAUGCAACAGAGACUGUUACCUCCAAAGCCAGCUGAACCAGAUUUCACUGCUCAGAAACACUAACUUUGACAAUCUAUUAUGUGUGCAUAUUUUUGUUGUGUUGUUUAAGAAUUGCUUCAACAUCUAUAUGUGAUUAUGCAGUGAUGUAAUAUUGCAUCAAAAUUGAAUACUACAUAUUCACAUGGUGUUGCGCGAUUUAUAAAUAAAUAUGAUAUACUUUGGA